CAAUGUGUUAAUACUAUUGAGGCUUUGUGGUGAUUUCUUGUGAUUUGUGACUGUGUAGUGAUGUUGCUCGGAGUUAUGCCCGAAGAUAGCGUUCCUGAGGGACUUCUUGUGCCCACCGCGAAAAGCCAGAGAGCGACGGACUUUUCAAUCGCUGCUAUUAUGGCUAGAGGUGCUACGCCUCCCGAAAGUGACAACGCUAGAGAACCACAAACUGAUGGCCGACUUUCGCGAUUAAGUUCUCCUGAACUCGAUGAUCCACUAGAAGACGAUGACGUCGAAGUCGAUGUUGAAGAAUGCUCAGAUAGUGAAUUAUCCCGAGUGAUAAAACCAAAACUGUUAAGACAAAGUCCGGCAAUCUCCGACUGUGGUUCAGAAACUGCUGAUUUAGACCGAGAUUCUCCAGACAUUGUUCCAGAAAAGAGUCUGCCGAAAACGCCUAAAAUAUUAUGUAAUUGUGAAGAACUGUUAAACGUAGAAUGCCAUUUGGAAACUAAAGAUCUUUGGGACAAGUUUCACGACUUAGGGACUGAGAUGAUUAUCACCAAAACUGGGCGGAGAAUGUUUCCAACACUAAGAGUCUCAUUCACCGGCAUUAGAUCAGACCAACGUUACGCAGUACUGCUCGACGUGGUCCCAGUAGACAACAAACGGUACAGAUAUGCGUACCAUCGCUCAUCGUGGCUGGUGGCGGGAAAGGCAGAUCCACCAGCACCCAACAGGCUGUAUGCCCAUCCCGAUUCACCGUACUCGGGGGAGCAGCUUAGGAAACAAGUGGUAUCUUUCGAGAAAGUCAAGCUUACCAACAACGAAAUGGAUAAGAAUGGACAGAUCGUUCUCAAUUCCAUGCACCGGUAUCAGCCCCGAAUUCAUUUAGUUAAAUGGAGGGAACAUUCUGGGCCCAUAAACGAUCUAGAAGCCGAACAGUACAGAACAUUUAUAUUUCCCGAAACUGUGUUCACGGCCGUAACGGCGUAUCAAAACCAGCUUAUCACAAAAUUAAAAAUUGAUUCUAAUCCCUUCGCGAAAGGAUUUAGGGACUCUUCGAGACUGACGGAUUUUGACAGAGAGCCCAUGGAUAGUCUCUUCAUGGACCAGCACUUUUUGAGAUCCUCCCUUCGCCUCUACUCAGGUGACUCCAUGGACUCCGAAAACAACAACGCGAGCUCAUUUUUCUCCGCGGCGAUGGUUGAAAAAGCCCGUGCGCAGCUGCAGAUGUGGGGCCGCGCAGGAUCUGCAUAUAACUCCAGUGAGCUCCACGCGUUCCUGCUUAACAGCGCUCACAUGCCAAACCAACAAAUGUUCUUCGGACAACGGCAGUCCAUACCUCUAGGAAUCCCAACUCACCUUUGGAACCAGGGAGGAAGUACAUCUUGGCAAAGUCCUAUUCACGGUGGGCUACCAGCAGGUCUACUCGGGCCUCCUUCCCAACACAGACCUCAAAUAACUCCCCCACCUGCCUCCACUCCAAGUUCCUCGGGAUCUCCGUCUCCCACUUCCAUUAGUACUUCCACUGAUCUGAAGCUACCUAAGGCUGUUUUCCCUACCGCUUUCCACCAUCGGUUCAGUCCGUACUCUUCGUUAUCGAGACCCAUGGCGCCUUCGGUAAGUCCUCCUUCUAGAUCUAGUAAUUGAUUUUAGCAAUAAGAUUAGUAAUGGAAUCAUGAAAAUUGUUUAUAAAAACAAAAUGGUUAAUAGAUUUUUUAUACUUUUAUGAAAUUAAGCCAUACAUUUCUCUUAAUAAGAAUAGGUGGUGCGACACAUAUUCUAAAACCUAAACCAAAAUUUAAAAACUUUGUAUGUAAACUUUUAAAAAAGUAAGGCUCCUACGAAAUUAUAUCUUGUCAAUGUUAUACUACGGAGUUGAAUCCUGGACAUUCACUGAAGCGAUGGAGAAAAAACUUAAAGCCUUCGAGAUGUGGCUAUCCCGGCGAAUCCUAAGGAUAUCAUGGACGGACAAGAUAUCCAACGAGACCGCACUACGAAGAAUGGGGAAAGAAAGAAAGGUGAUGUAUAGAAUUAAAAGGAGAAAAAUAGAAUAUCUCAGACACAUAAUGAGAAACGGGACUAAAUACAGAUUACUGAAGGUAAUUCUUACAAGGCAAAGUAUUCGGAAAGCGAGGAAUUGAAAGAACCUGAGAAAAUGGUUCUCCACAACAAUUAAUCUAUUUAAAGCAUCAAUUAAUAAAAUAAUUAUAGCCAGAAUGGUCGCCAAUAUUCGAAACGAAUAGACACCAAAAGAAGAAGAAUGCAAACUUUUGUUUCAUUCCAAAUACUUAAUCUAUUAGUUUAUUGUCGAUUUUAAAAGCUUGUCUUUUGCUUACUUUAUCCGAGACUAUGUUUUUCUUUAUUCUACUCUACAAACUGUCUAUUUCUAUUUGAUCUUGGUAUAGCUAGGCCUCUUUUAUAAAAAUGACAUCGAACCCUUUUAUAGAUACCAAUAGGUGCCAAUCCCAUCAGAUUCAACUGACUAUGUAUUUAGGUACAUACAGUUCCCUGAUAGCAGACCUACUACGGCUUUGACUGUUUUCCUCUCUUUACUUAUUAGUUUUGAACUAUUUCUCCUGUCUUUGUCCUGGUGAAUUCCUUCACCUUUGCAGAUAUUUGUUUCCCCUGUUUCGCUGGAACGAGUUGCUACUGGAUUUUUCUCCAGUGUUCUUGUCUUCCCUUCCUUUGUAUCGGAAAGUUACUUUCCUCACACCGAAAAAGGGCGACAUUUGGAAUUUUUAGAGCUCUUCUCGAGAUUCAGAAUCCAUUGAGAAGGUCCAUAAAAUCCUUUUGUCUGAAGGUUUUCUACCCCAGAUUGGCCAUAGAUGUGCCUCAGCCCAUGGUUACUUAUUAUUAGUAUAUUAAAGUUCCUUUUGGACUCAAAACUUUACCUAUCUGCAUCCGGUACGAAGGUAAUGCAUAAAUGCGUCUUGGGUUUAUCUUCUCCCUCCAAAGCCCUGAGAGAUUUACUCUCCCAAGGCCUGAGUUGGCCCUUUGGUCUUGAGUUUUUCUCUUUUUUAGUUUAUUGGUCCUACGGGUACCUAGAGAAAGAACCAGACUCAGACCCUGCAGAACCCCGCUUGCGAGGGUAAGGUCUAAAUACCAUGAUGUAUAAAUUUACCUCUAUUUUUUUUUGGUAGCAAUAAAAUAUUCUGUAUUUUGUAAGAUGUGUGGCUUAUAAUUAUUUGUUUCGUUCUACUAAGUCGUUAUAGUUCUUUAUCUCUUGAUCUUUGUUUGUUUUUAGGUCUCCUAUAUGUUUUUUGAUCAUAUUUGUGAUAGUAUAGAGUAUAGGGUUUGAUAGAUUUUUUUUCUAAAUAUAAAAAUCUUAAACCUUAACUGAGGUGUCUGUAAGUCGCCAUUCGAGAGAAAGUACUAAAUAGUUUAAUGUUUUUAUAAAAUUUAAAGGUCACAUUUUGUAUACAAUAUUCUGGCUUGCUACAAAUCUGGUUAUCUGACAAAAUUAUAUAAGAUUUAAAUUGAUGUAGGUACUUCUCAUUGUUACUACCAUUUUUGUAUAGAUAUAAUACAAUAGGAAAAUUGGCUUAUGAAAAAUCUAUUGACUAAUAUUUUAACUAGAAAUGGCAAAUAGGUAACCAAAGAGUCAUGUACGACGUUAAAGAUGUAUUAUAAACCAUUGUAAAUAAUUACUUUUUAAGAUUUAUGUAACUUAAUUAACGAGGCGCAGUGUUAAAGGGUGUUUCAAAAGAUAAGUAUUUAGCUAACGAUUGCAACGUGGGUUUCCCAUCUUUGAACCAUCAAUAUUAGGCCUGGAUCCCGCGUACCAAAAAAAGGUUAUUAAUAGUAAGCUGAAAAUUUGUUAAUAUGUAGCUUAUCGGUGUCUAGUCGAACAAACUUUGAUGUACGGGAUCACUGGAACAGGGGAAGUUUUAAUUGUUUUAAUAGGUUUCGAAAGUCAGACUACAAAAACGUCCCCAUAUAUUUUGUUGGACAGAACUUCCAAUUGAUUUGUCAUCAGUUGGAAAACUUUCAUUAAACUCGCAUGCAAAAAUCAGACUGUUAUUUAUCACCAACAUAAUUCCUGUCAGUUGACAUGUUCUAUGUGUCGGACUUUUUAAAAUGCCCAACCUGAACCUGUCGAACGAACAUUUUUUCAUAUACUUAUUUAUAUAAAGUUUGCUAUUGAAUAAACUUAAAAACAACCUGCUAGUUUUCACAAUCAUAAACUUGUCAGGAUGACAAGUUUCACAAUUAAAUUCACAUUCCACAAUUAUUGUUCCCCUUUUCCAGUGUUCCCAUACAUCAAAGUUUGUCCGACUAGAUACCGCUAAACUAUUAACAAAUUUUCAGCUUGGUAUUAAAAAACUUUUUUUUUGGUACGCGGGAUCCAGGCCUAUAUGUUGUAGUAUCUGAUCUGCAGGUAUUAAAGAUAUUCUAAUUCAGUAAUCAUUCGAAGAUAAUUAUGAUACAUACUAAGAAAACACUUUACACAGAGACGCAAUAGCAAGAAAGAAAACAACUGUCAAUAGGUUCUUUGUUCUGGAAAGUUAUUGCAUACUCUCAACCAGUAGUAGUCUCACUUGUAAAUAUAUGAUUUUUUCUACAAAUUUUAAAUGAUGGGUUUUAAAAGAUGGUUAUUGUGCAUUUUUUGAUAUACACUUAAGAAUUUUAUAUUAAUCAUUGGCGCACAUGCGAGUAAUAUUCUGAAUUAUUUUAGCAAAAAAAACGGUACGCUACUGAGAUAUUUCAAAUUAAAAAUUAUUUUUGAAUUCCUUGUGUAAUUUGUGACAAAAACAUUUUAUGCCUAUUUUUUAUAAGGUGCACCGUUUUUAUGCAAAAAUAUAAAAUAUCUCUACAAUAAUAUUACACCAGAACAAUAACAGAAAGGAACACUAAUAAGAAUUUCACUAGGCACAACACAAAGCUACAACAAAUGUUCAUAGUCACCCCCCUCAUACGUGAUAUAUGAUAGUAUUCAACUCUUCGCCUCAUUGACUGUCAUAUUCGUGCAUACUCCUGGUAUUUCUUAUAGGCGUGGAUCACGCUAGCAACAAGAUUAA